UUAAUUUCCAGUGGUUAAGGUUGUAAUUAAGUUGCUAGUUGUAUUUAAGUGAUUUAUGAAGUUCUAGUGUACCUGCUGAUAAUAUCCAUGAGUCACCAACUGUAAGUAGAAUACACUAAUAACUAAGUGAAGCUCACAGACUUUUCACACCGUCUUAGCGAUUUUCGGCCAUUUCUAGCUACCGGUAUUUACCUGAGAUCAGUGCUAUCAGUAAACAGCUACUGAAUCGAACUGUCAUCUCUCAACACAAGGACUGAGUAGUGACGUCGAUUAGAAGAUAACGAGAAUAACGAGGAAGUUUGAUAGUGUUAUCUCUAUUAUAACUGACAAAAGACCGCUACUCUACAGCUGUUCAACUGUUGCUUGUUUACCUGUAACCAUGGUAAUCUACUGACUUGGAUUUCGAUCUCAAAAUUGCGUUUUAUCUGGCGGGCUUUUUGAAUUGAAAAGAUUGAAUGAAUCCUUACAUAUCCUGACUCAGGGGCUUCCUUCUCCGCUUUUGUCUUGAUUGCCCUCUUGACGCUCCCUUAUCCUUUUCCUUACAUAUAUUUUAUUCCUAAUAACACUGACUUCAUCUUUAUAAUGUCUUUGAAUAGAGUGAUGCGUACCAGAGCUAGUCGAAAUAAUCAGAUUCAAGGAAUGGACGAAGAGAUUGAUAGUUUGAGAGAGGGCCUCAUUAACCAAGAAGUAAUUGACAUUGCGAUUGAUCUACAUGCAACUCUAGUUGAAAUUUGUAAUAAAUUCUCCAACGAAGCAGUUAUAGAUUUUAUUCCCAUAAUCACAUCACUUUUAAAUAACUAUGACGCCUCAUUGAAGGUCAAUUCCGAUCUGAAAAAUAUACUGAACGACGUGAAUUUUGAAAAUGAGUCCUUAAUGGGAAAGUUGAAAAUGGAGAGAGAAACAAGAACUCUGAUAGUCGAAGAUUCAUUGACUAAUGAGAAGCAGGCUGAGAGUGAGAUUUGUGCUUCGAAGUUGAAAAUCAAGGAUUUGGAGGAAGCACUUCACACAUUACAAUUGGAGUUAGCUUCAAAGGAUGAAAUAAUAAAAUUAUUAGAAAAAGAGUCCGAAAGAAUUUCAUCAAUGUUCAAUGACGAAGAAAUUAAUUUUCAGCAAAAUUCUAUUGGAGUUGGAGAUUUUAUCACGCCUAGAAAUACUGUUAAGAUUAGAAAAAAUCUUACUAGAGAGAUUAAUGCUAUUGAGAUUGAAAACAGAUUUUCGGUGCUUUCUUCAAACGAGUCAUCACCUCUGAUUCCACACAGAAUACAAGUAGAGGCUCAGGUUCACCGAUUCUCUACUCAAACUGAUCCCACUGAGACUCAUCAUUACAAGCGCCGUAAGAUGGUUACCUCCAAAAAGAAACGGAGAGUUACUAUUUUAGCGGAUAGCCAUGGGAAACUGCUUAGUAAUUAUAUGAACGACCUGAGGGAGGAGUUUGAAGUUUUAGUUUGUUCUAAACCAGGUGCAAAGCUGAAGCACGUUAUCCAGGAUGGUCUUGGCUUAGUCAAGGAUUUCACAGAAAAUGAUUGUGUUAUCAUAUUGGCGGGGACAAAUGACCUACAUCGUGAUGAACCCUUCCAGUUGACUUUGGAUCAAGGAAUGAGAUGUCUUACUGAGGUUGAUUUGAGGACCAAUGUCCUGGUUUGCGGUGUGCCCUACAGACAUGAUUAUCCUGUUCUUAAUGAUAAUAUUUGCUAUGCCAACUCCUACUUAUCAAGAGCGGUGGAAGGAUAUACAGGGAGUCUCAGCAUCCACUAUAAGGAUAUCAACAAGUUCCUGGGUAGAUCUCAUUUUACAAGGCACGGUCUUCACCUUGGUCGGCGAGGGAAACGAAUUCUGGGCAACCACCUGGCAGGAUAUGUGAGAGACUUUGUUGGAGAUGGUCAUGCAUCCUUAAGUACUGAAGUGACAGUGAAGGAAGCUAAUUCCUGCGUGAUCAGUUCUCCUAUCAUACAACCCCAUCCUGCUGUGCCCCUUCCAUCAUCCAAGAGGACGCCGGUUCACAUUUCAAUCGAUGACCAACCUGUACAGAAUGAACUUCCAGUUGAUUCUAUUACCGUGGACAAUCCUCUUGUCGCUCUCAAUUCUCCGAUUACUGAUAAUUUAAACUAUUAGCUUUUGACAAAGAUAAUUCCUCUGCUGAAAAUUUACGACUCAGGGAUGAAUUUCAAAACUAUUCUAUUGACAGGGUGCCUGAUACUGGUGUGGUUGUGGAUUGUCAAACAUUUGAAUCACCGUGUGAAAAUGGCUUCAACAAUGAUUUUAGCAAAGACAAACUUAAUUGCUUAUUUUGGAAUAUUCAGGGUAUGUGUAAAAAAUUUGAUUAUCUAGCCUUAAUUUGCAAAAAAUACAAUAUCAAUGUACUUACAGUUGCUGAGCAUUGGAUAAAGGAUACAGAUUUGGAAUUCACUUAUCUGCCAGGCUUUAAAACUGCCUCGGUUUUUUGCCGAGUAAAUCAGUCUAGGGGUGGUGCAGCUAUUUUUGUUGCUGAUCAUUUGGAAUUCAGGGAACUUGAACAUAUCAAAGUCAUGUCAAUUGAAAUGGUAUGUGAAAUUUCAGCAGUAGAAAUUAUUAGGGACAAAAUUAUAAUCUUGUCUGUCUAUAGACCAUAUAAUAGAAAUAUUAAUUAUUUUAAAAACUUUUUAUCUUGUCUUUAUAAUGUGUUGAGUUCAGUGUUUAAAAAUGGAUACAAUCUAGUCAUAUGUGGUGAUUUUAAUGUGAAUUUUAUUGGUAACGAUUAUUUUAAAAAAGAUUUAUUGAAUUUAUUUGAAUGUUUCGGAUUAGAUAUGACUGUAAAGGGUAUUACUAGACCUGGUCUGGAUGGCAUUUCUGAUGGAACUUGUAUAGAUAAUAUUUUGACUGAUGUCCACAAUAGUGUAUGGACUUCUGAGAUAAUUCAUAUGCUUUUAUCUGAUCAUGACGCUGUAUUUUUGAGAUUUAAUUUUAUCAACAGGUAUGGUAGAAGUACCAAUAGUAUUGUUAAUAGGACUAAGUUUAGGUUAAUCAGUGAUGAUAACGUAAGAGUUUUUCAUGGUCAUUUGA